AUGGCUGAUAUUCCAAUUCCAUCGACCGAGACUGAGUCUCUGCCGAAUGGGAGCCCCUCAACACCCAGAAGCUCUUUUAGCAGGCUCCGUACCCCUUCUGUCUCUAUAACCCCUCCUCCUGCAGCAAGGGCUCAAGCUACUCCUGCGAGAUCCAGAAAUGCCUCAUCCCAAGAUGAAGUUGUCCGCGGCAUGAACACCAUGCGGCUUUCGGAACCCAAUGGCGUUGAUAAUCUCUCUGACAUGGCUGAUGCUGUUAACCGAGUCGCCAGAGGAUCUGACAGUCGUGCUACAUCCUUAACGCCCGAACCCACCACCUCAAGAGCAGAGACCCCCCGACAACGACGCCGUUCUCGUCGCUCAAGCUCAGAUGUUGACAGAUUGCCCCAUAGUGUUCUCGACGAGGAACUCCCGCAGGAUGCGUUCCAUUCGCCCGAGUUUCAACAAGCCUUUCGAGAUGCCAAGCAACUCAUGUCAACCGUCGAGGGCGUUUUGGGAAGUUCGUCACUGCAUAAUAGUCCAGAGUCGACUAUCCGGCGACUUCAUAAUGAGGCUGGCGAGUUAGCGAGGUUUGAAUACCCAUCGACUCGAACCGUGGGCUUUGUGGGGGACUCGGGUGUUGGCAAAAGCAGUUUGCUCAACUCACUUCUUGACGUUAAGGGCCUUGCUAGGACUAGCAACAGCGGCGAGGCAUGUACCUGUGUUGUGACAGAGUUCCACUAUCACAACCGCGACACUCUCGAUAUUGAGGUCAACCUCUUUACCAUGGAAGAGCUCCGAGAGCAGCUUACCGGGAUGCUUCAGUCCUACCGCCACUACCACCUCCACAGCGACGAGAUGGAGGAUGCCGAAAGGCGAGAGAAGGAGGAUAGUGCUAACCUCGCCAGAGACACGUUCAGGGCGAUGUUCCGAGGUCAACUGACAGAUGAAGCUUUCCUUAUCAACCGACCAGAGCAAGAUGUCCUCGAAACGCUGUUCCAAUGGGCUGCUAGAGGCCGACCUUCGGCUUUCGUCACUAAGCAGUCCGGGCUUUCACAGGAUGCUUGUUCGAAGGCCUUGAUGGAACUGGCUUCGGAACCACCCUCACGCAAUCAACCUGCCCAAUGGCCGUAUAUCCGAAGCACCAAGGUCUUCUUGAAUGCACACAUUCUCAGUCGAGGCUUGAUUUUGGUCGACCUGCCAGGGCUCCGAGAUCUGAACUCGGCUCGUAAGAUGAUUACGGAGCGGUACCUUUUAACAUGCAACGAAAUCUUUGCCAUCUGCAACAUCGGUCGUGCAGUUACCGAUGAAGGAGUCCAUCAAGUUUUUGAGUUGGCCAGAAGAGCCCGUCUCUCAAACGUUGGCAUAGUCUGCACUCGAUCUGAUGACAUUCUCGCCGAGGAAGCAAUCAGGGACUGGAGAGGUCAACGAGCCAGGGCAAUUAAGAGCCUCAUGGAUGCUAUUGCCACCGACGAAAGAGACGCCAACGAAGUUGAAGAAGAUCUCUCUGACUACCAAGGAGUUUUAGAUGAUGACUUGACAGAAGAGGAGGUGAAGGAGCAAAGGGAGCUUUGGUCACGACAACGAAACAUCAGCGCCCGCAAGCAGAACCACGAGUUUGAGCUCAAGCAGUAUCUUGUGACAACUCGCAAUUCUUUUGUGACGCGGGAACUGAGGGUCAAGUACAAUGAGCGUGUUGCUACUGACGAAAUCAACAUCUUUUGCGUCAGCAACAAAGACUACUGGGAUCACAGAGACGAGGCAAAGACCAAAUCGGCGCGCUUUCUCCAGCUGAGUGGAAUCCUGCAAGUUCGCAAGCACUGCAUCUCCAUCGUGGCAAACAGUCAACGGCGCAUUGCCACACGAUACAUCAAGGACCAGAUACCGGCCCUUCUGGCACAAGUGGACUUGUGGGUUCAGUCUGGCGCAAGAACGGCUAGUGAAGAACGCCGUGAGGCGCUUUGCAGGAAGCUGGACGAUGUUGAGAGACAGCUGAGGAGGGGCCUUACAUCGAGUACAAGCGUCGUUAACCGUGUAGCCCACUCGUUCAAUCAGGACUUUACAACACACGUAUAUGGACCUCGACGUAUUUCAUCUUGGAGCCAGUCAGCAAAGGAUGCUGCGAGAGUAUGGGAGGGGUGGCACCACAGUGAGCUAACAUGGAGUUUCUUCUGUUUCAUCGCUAAUUUCCUAGUGUCAUACGCCGCCUUUUGUCGCCAGUAUGGUGACUAUUGUACGCCAGCAGUUGGGCCGCACAACUGGAACGAAGAGAUCAUGGAAGGAAUGGUAGAGGAUCUAGAGGACCCCUGGCAGGAACUAUGCAACAGUAUUCAACAACGACAAACGAACCUUGUUGAGAGAGUUGACACUCUGUUGGACACGGCAUCCGAGCAGUUCGAAACUGGACUGGAUGAUGAUUAUGAUACUCUUGCCCCAUUGAUGGAAUCAUUAUUCAGACGGCAACAACUCCUUCUAGAUUCUAUCGAACGAAUCAAUGAACAGUUUGAGACAGAUCUGGGACUACUUCGGAUUGACUCCCUCUCUGGUGUUAGAAGCUCGACCAUUGGAAGGGCAAUGGAGUCUUCAUACAGAGGAUGCAACCAAGAAUAUGGAACAGGAAGCCACCAACGACGGAAGAACAUUAUACGGGGCACCAUCUCCAACCAGGAUUUCUUUACCAACCUCAUGAGAACUUUUAGAGACUCUUUCCGUGUCAAGGCCGAAGAAUCUCAAAGUGCGAUACGCGAUGCUUCAGUGAGAUAUUUGGAUGUUGUACAGGAGACUUUUGAUCUCGUGCGCAGUGAGAAUGUGGCCAGGGAGAGUGAGCAGGAUCCGGAUUUUAGGCUGAGGGUUGACAACGUUGCGAGAACGGGAAGGGAGACUAUUCAGAGGGUUCAUCGAGUUAUUGAUGUUUGAUCGCUGGCAUCAUCUGUUUGCUGCUGUACACGACUUAGCUGCAUCGAGUGUUUCUAUUUC